GCCCGGCCUCGACCUGCGCGCCCGGGGCCGCCCCCCCGCCGCGCCUCUGGGGCGGGGCCGCCCGCCGCGCGGAAGGGGCCGGCCGGGGCGGGCAGCAGAGCGCGCCCGGCGGCGGGAGCGGCGGCGCCGGCAUGGGACGGGGCGCUGCCCCGGCGGGGACCUACCUUACCACUGUGAGAGGGGAAUGUCACAAGCAGACUGUGGAUUUUUUGUCUGUGCGUGCUACUUGGUUAUCUGUCUCUUGCUGACCCACCCAAAAAAGAGAGAAAGGUCAAACAAAAAUCAUUGUCCUUGUCACUUCUGCCCAAGAACUGGCUGAAUUUUAUGAUUCUGGAGAUUUUAUGGAAACUUAUGACCUGCUGGAGAAGCUACCUGGACCGUUGGAGAUGGAGCGGCUUGUGCUGCAUCUCUGAUCAGCAGAGCUUUCUGCAAGGAGUACAAGAAUCAAGUUGCCUUAAAUUAAACCAUAUGCAAGUUGCACUAAUUGUUGUAACUGUACUGCUGAUACCACUCCAGACUUGACUAGGGCUUUCCAAGGCAGUAGUUUCUCAUGUAGCUUCAGUGUUUUCAACUGACACUAGGUUGUUUUUAUUAAAUCUGGCGUGGCUGUGAAAAGUGUGUGUGGGGUGAACUUUUUCCUGUUAAGUUUGUGGUGAAUUUUGAAGCGUCGCUUCCACGUGUGAUCUGUGCUAUGGCAGCAACCUACAGGCUCAUGGUCACUUCUGUGAACUGCUACAGCAGUGUGGUGAUAGACCAGCACUUCCAGCACACGGUGCAUUACUGCACAGGGACUUGCCAAGUGUUUAAGCAAGGAGUGACAUGCAUAGUUGCCCACCACAGCGUCUGUGCAGAGCUCAGUGUCCAAGAUGCCAACCUAGACCAUAAAAUUCCUGUUCCUGGAAAUGGACUUGCCUUGCCUGGAAAUGAGGACUAUCACCAAAUCCUCCCAAAUAAUCCAAGAAUAAAAAAGGGUUCUUCAGUGCAAACCUCCAGCAGUUUAAAAGACAUUACCGGUGAGGCGAUAAACCUUGCCAGUGGUAAAAUAAAGGAAUUCUCCUUUGAAAAGCCUAGAAACUCUUCCAGUCACGUGGCCUACAGAAAGGGAAGGAAAGUUCGGUCGGAAUCAUUCAGCAGACGGUCAUUUGAUUUUGACUUGAUUUAUGGGCACUUCAACAAUGAUGAGAACUGCCCCCCGUGUGGCUUUUUGCAGAGUCCCUCACCUGUGGAGAAAUGGCAGGAGAGCAGUGAUGCUCCAGAAGUUGCUAUGAAUCCUGUGGUUCCCUUCUCCCCUCAUUCUUUCUCUGAAGAAAACUUCAUUACUCAGAUUUUGGAAAAACACAAGCUAGAUGGUUCUUCUGGUGGAGAUAUAAAGGUGUGCUUGGACAUCUUGCUCAAAUGCUCAGAGGAUCUGAAAAAGUGCACAGACAUAAUAAAACAUUGCAUCAAAAAGAAGUCUGCGGACAGUGUUAGUGGAGGGAGCAGCAACGAUGCCCUGGCUAAUUCAGAAAUGAUAUAUAUGAACCUGAUGACAAGAUUUUCUUCUUACCUGAAAAAGCUACCCUUUGAGCUCAAACCACCAGGACACAAGGAAGCUAGUGACCUGACAGAACUGGUUAACUGUUUUCAUGGCUUGCAGCAAACUCCCUUCCCCCCAGUAUUUGGAGAUGAGCAGCCGCCUAGGUAUGAAGAUAUUGUUCAGCUGCCAUCCUCCAGUGCAGUUCCUCUCAGACUGCCAGGUGAUCAGUGUGAGGUGACAAGCACCUCUCAGUCCGUCCAGACAAGUACCGUGAGCUUCACCUCAAACUCCCUUUGCGGCGUCCCGUGCGAGAACAGUGUGAGAGCUGUGAAAGAUGCUUAUGCUCUACCUCAGUUACCAGCCACGAGCCCUUCUGACCGCAUGUCUUCCACUGAGGCUCUGUACAUUGAGGAGGAGUCUGAUGGGGUAAGAACAUUAGGGAAAAUAAAGAAGGCAGAGCAGAAAGGGGGCUGGGAGAGUUUAGAGCGCAGCUACCAGCUAGCUGGCUGUUCAGAUCUAACUGCUGAUGCUAAAGCAGAACGUGCCAGAGUGGGAGAUGUUGAGCUCUCCCACACUUCUGAGAAAAUUAGUCCUUUAAAACCAGUUUCAGAUGCUGUGUUGCAUGGUUCCCAAGCUGAUAUCUCCAGAGGAGAACAGAUGUGCAGUAAGAUAGACAAGGAUGAGAUAGACAAACUGCUGCUGGACUUGGAGUGCUUCUCACAGAAAAUGGAGAGAACUUUGAGGGAACCCUCUCCGAAGGAGAGCGAACCUGCUGGUGUGCAGGUGUUUGGCUGGCAGGGUAGGCAGGUACUACCGCUGGCUCUUGAAUCCAAAAGUAAACCUGUUGACCCUGCUUCCCCUUUGUCAAAAAUCAUGGAAACCAAUGGUCAUAAAAUGGAAGAGGAUGACAAAGCCCUUUUACUGCGUAUCCUGGAAAGCAUUGAGGACUUUGCCCAGGAACUCGUGGAAUUCCAGACAGGCAAGGGAAGCUUGUCCAAGGAGAAGGAAGUGAUGCAGAUUCUUCAGGAAACUUUAACAACUCCUUCACAGACCCUCCUUGCGGGGCAAAAAAGCUGUGCUGGGGCUGCCUCCAGAGACUCUGUUUCAGCUUCAAUUCAGCAGGCCCCAGAAGUGAUUAAGGUUCAAAGUAAACAAGAGAAGAAACCUGGAACUUCAUCCACAGCUCCUUUGAACUCCACAGUUAGCCCUUGCACUCUUCUGCCUGUGAAUAAAGCCACCAGCAGUGCCCCUUUGUCGAUAAACAUUCCACGUUUCUACUUCCCUAAAGGACUUCCGAAUGUCUGCACUAAUCACGAAGAAAUCAUUGCCAGGAUUGAAGAAGCCUUUACAGAGUUUGAAGAUGAGAAAGCAAAUGUCUGUGAAAUGGGGAAGAUUGCUAAGAUAUGUGGCUGCCCACUCUACUGGAAAGCACCUAUGUUCAAUGCAUCAGGAGGAGAAAGGACAGGAUGUGUAUCUGUACACUCAUUUGUAUCUUUGUGGAGAAAAAUCCUACGUAACUGCCAUGAUGAUGCAUCCAGAUUCACGUACCUUUUAGCGAAGCCUGGCUGUGACUACCUAGAACAGGAGGACUUCAUCCCGCUGCUUCAGGAUGUGGUGGAAACGCAUCCUGGCCUGACUUUCUUGAAGGAUGCUCCGGAGUUCCAUUCCCGGUAUAUUACGACGGUUAUACAGAGAAUAUUCUACACAGUCAAUCGAUCCUGGUCUGGGAAGAUCACUCUAACAGAGCUGAGGAAAAGCAACUUCUUGCAAACGCUUGCUCUUUUGGAAGAAGAGGAUGACAUAAAUCAGAUCACAGAUUAUUUCUCCUACGAGCACUUCUAUGUUAUAUACUGUAAAUUCUGGGAGCUGGACACUGACCAUGAUCUUUACAUCAGCCAGAAGGAUCUGGCUAGGUACAGUGACCAAGCUUUAUCAAACAGGAUUAUUGAGCGAAUAUUCAGCGGCGCUGUGGUGAGAGGCAAUGAAGUUCAAAAGGAAGGCCGCAUGAGUUAUGCUGAUUUUGUGUGGCUCUUGAUUUCGGAGGAAGACAAAAGGAGUGCCACAAGUAUUGAGUACUGGUUUCGGUGCAUGGACCUGGAUGGGGAUGGGGUGCUCUCCAUGUAUGAACUGGAGUACUUUUAUGAGGAGCAGUGUGAGCGGAUGGAAGUGAUGGGCAUCGAACCACUGCCAUUUCAUGACUUGCUGUGUCAGAUGCUUGAUCUCGUUAAGCCAGAAAGGGAAGGAAGAGUAACCCUGAGAGACCUAAAGAGGUGUAGAAUGGCUCAUGUAUUCUACAACACGUUCUUCAACUUAGAGAAGUACCUGGACAAUGAACAGAGGGAUCCCUUUGCAGUGCAAAAGGACGUUGAAAACGACGGCCCUGAACCCUCUGACUGGGACCGAUACGCUGCUGAGGAGUAUGAGAUUCUUGUGGCCGAGGAGUCUGGGAACGAACAGUUACAAGAAGGAUCAUUUGAAGAAGACUAUGACACAGAUGAAGUCUUAUCUCCCCCUGAAACUGGAGACAAGUCAGACAAACUAGUUUUCUCAGAUCUCUCAGCAUAGAGAUGUGGAAGACAUUUAGUCAGUAUCUUUCAAACUGGAUAGCAUUCAGUCCCAAGACACUUAGGGAUUUUUCUUAAAUCCAUCAUUGGAGCAAUGUGCUUUAUUUUGUACACUGUAACUUGAGAACCCUUUUUCUCUUCCUGUAUAAUUGCAAUAAGGUAAUUUCUAUAAAAAGGCUUUUUACAAUGUGUUAUCAUGCACGCUCAUUAAAAAUGGUGAUUGCACCUUGUUUCAUUUAUAUAUAAAUUCUGUUAUGUCCCUAGAUGUGCAAUAAAUGCCAGCAUCUAACGAUUAACUGUAACAACUGCAUGCAACAUCUAUAGUGCUCAUUUCUCAGUUCAGCCCUGUGCCGUUCUGUCCCCUUGACUUUAUACCAGGAGUGACAAAAGAGCUGCCAAAUUAACUUAAAUGUAUGUCUAGAAAUCUUUUAAAACACAAGUCACAAUGAAGGUUUUUUUGGGGUAUUUUUUUUCUUUGCUUACUGUCCUGGAACCCAAGGCAGCAUGCCUGCCCGUGGGGAGGGUGCAGUGCCCUGUUGUGCUGUAAACCACCGGCUCUUACAAUUGACACUAGACGUAUUUUACUUGUGUGAAUCUGUGGAUGGUUAAAGCACUACCUGGUGUAAUGUUUCUCUAAGAAUUAGAGACAUAGUUAAUAUUUCUACAUAUUCUCCUCUGCAUAAGAGGAUCUUCCUUAGGCUAGUGAUUUGUUUCUGUAGAAGUACUUGCUAGCAUAUUUACAAAGAAACCCACCAUACGCUGUUUGGCUGAUGUGUUGGAACUGCUGUGUCUUGUGCGCGCUGGUUCCGUCCAUUCCUUGGGUUCUCCUUUCUUGUGUCGCCAACCUGUAGCCUUCUCCAAGAGACGAGGCUGAGAUAACAAAGAAAAAAACCCAACCCUAACCUAGCGUGCUAAAAUUUCUGUUACCAGAGGGAUCCUUUAACCGGUAAAGGAAUUGGUCUGCAAUAUUGCCAAACAUUUCUCUUCCACCCAUGAAGCGGGCCCCAGUCUCAGAGAGGAGAUGCUGUGACUAAUGAAUUCUUGCUUUAAGUGCAAAAUUAAACUGACUUUCCCUGUGGAAUCACAACUGGUGUCUCUCGCAGGAGCAGACACUGCUGCUGGAGCUGCUGCUCCUCGCUUCAGCAUCCUCUUACCCAUCCUCAGUUUUAGCCGUCAUAGAUACACAAGUGGAGCUGGUACCUCCUCCAGCCUGGGACAGCUUUCAGCUCCUGUAUUUUAUUUCAGCUAUCAUAGUUGUGGCCAAAUAUGUAAUGCUGGGUUUGUGUACACUACGUUUCUUCCUACCUUGCUCUAAGAACACCAGACCGUGCCUCCUCCGGGUGUCCCUGCCAGCACAGCCGGGAGCUGCCGGUGCCAGGGCCAUGUCUCCGGGCAGGCACCUCCUUGCCUGCACUGAAGGCAGAACCCGUCCAGUUGACCCGUGUAUUCACACACACCCCGUUAGCCGGGGGCAUUUUGCACGUACAGAGCCUGGCACAUGGAACAUCAGUCCCUAGAUGGUACCUCUUAGUGUUAAUAACCAAAUAAGUAACCAGCUGGUCACUACAGAUUCAGCUUUUCCAGGAGCCCUUGAAGCGCAGCGCCUGCCUCUCCCUGCCCGGGUAGAACAUGCUGCUGCCUCGCUGGGGUGAGUAACUCUCCUCGGGAUCAAAAUCUAAGAGAGGGAGUUUUCAGCUGUACUGGGCUCGGGGAUCCAUUUUAUAUUUAUUGAACAAAGCUGCUGUUUUAUCCAGAUGCAUGCACACACACACACACAGCGGGGAUCCUGGAAUCGGUAUCUGGGAAACUUCUGGAUGCCCAGGUUAUUAGCAGAGGCGCUGCAAGAUAACUUCCAUUCCAUAAGAAAAGACGUAAGCGGGGAGCACUAACGGAACGAGGAUAAUGCAGCAAACACUCAGGAGCGGCUCUGCUGGACACCAGGGUGUUUGAGUCUCAUCUCCAUCAUCAGUGUGACCUCGAGGGGAAAGCUUUCCUGGAGGUGAUUCCACAAAGGCCCGAACGCAGAAGGAACAAGGAAAUGACUGCAGGAAUGAACACAGGAUGGAAGUCACACAGCUGCUAGUUGUAACCAGCUGCGCCCGUUUGUCACCAGCAAGCACCCAGGCAAAGCCGCCCACCGCUUCGCUGUCGGGGGCCCCAGUGGCCUUUUCCUUUGAUAAGAUUUUACAUCUCUCCAAAGACAAAGAUUCCUCAAAGGAACAAGAAGAACCUGACCCCAUUCUAGGCUGAAACCGAACCCUUGUGUUACUUCAGCAUUGCUUUUACCUCCGUAAGCAGCAGUACUGGAACGUCCAGUUUGCCAGUUCCAUCAAGCCUCAUUCCAGAAUAACUUAGUGAUUGUCUCCAGGGCUUUAACCGUGGGCAGCCCUUGUGCCUCAAGGAGAAGCAGCUCUCCUAGUGCUGUACAGAACAGUACAAUAAUUCAGGUUGGAAGAGACCCACAUAGGUCUCUGCUCCAUCUCCUUGCUCAAAGACAGGCCAGCUUCAAAGUCAGAGCAAGCUUCUCAGGAACAGAUGCAGCCGAGUUUUGAAAAAUCUCUAUAUAGAUGGUGAUUCUGCCGCCUCUCUCUGUGUUACACGUCCUCCUCCUCCUCCCGGUGGGAAUUCAGAGCCACAUCCUUUUCCGGGAAUGAUGUAUAUUCCUGGGAAUGCACAAUUUCUUUUUCACGCAAGGAGGGAGUUAGAUGAAGGGCUGGAGGACUUGCCUGUUGAGCAAGCAACACCCUGUCCUGAAGCACAGAUGGGUGCUGGGGUGCAGACACGGCCCGUGACGGGCUGCAAGAGCUGCUGCUGCAGCAGCCCUUGGUGCAUCUCUCUUUUGGUUUGCAUUUCUGUUCUUGCUAGCUCAUACCUUGAGCCUACUCCUGCUCUUCCUGCGCGCUUUGCUCACCCACCGCUUCAGGAUCUUUCAUCCUUCUCCUCAAACGCCUUUUGCAGAGAGGCUUUAAUUUGACCCAUCCAGUUCAGACUUCCAUCUCACAUCACACCAGUCUGCCUAAACUGGCGCCUUGCUUUUUGAAGAAGUCAGUAUCCUGAGCCUGGUAAAAAUUACCGAUUCCUUUUUGAAGUUUUGGCUUCAAUAAACUGAGACAGGAGCUCGCAGCUGCUCUGCUGAGCCCUUUGGCCCCCGAACCCAAGGCCCUCUCUCCUACAGAGGUUCACCACUGCUACGGCAAAGCAGAGCGGUUCCAAACCCAAACAUGCUUUCUAGUAGGUCACCACAACAAGCUAAUCAAAGAAAAAAACCCCCAAUUUACAGCAGAUGAUUUGCCUUACAUGGGAAUAUAAGGACGAGCUACAGAAACAACCGCUAGCAUGGCAUCCGUGCAAAACUUGCAGUAAUCUGUAUUACUUACUCUAGGAGUAGAAAUCCUCUCACUAACACAUUUGAAAAUAACCAUAAUUCAGCAGCCGCAGAUGAACGGGUAACAGGGGUGUCCUACACCCCGUCAGUGACUGCCCUGCCCACAGCUCCUCUGGGUGGGAGGUGAAGCUGCAGCCUAGAGGCAAGGAAGAUUUGGGAACUCGUGUCCCGCUUGGCUUUUCUUUCUGGGAUAGUCGAAGUGUAAGACAAGGAUGUUUGUGCAUACAAACCCCAGGAGCUGGUCAGCUGUGCACCCCCCCAGCUCCGGAGGUCAGCAAGCUCGCUACAAGGGAGCGCCCCAGGACUCGCUCACAGGAACCAUGAGAGCCCACCUCGCCCCGGCUCUGCCUGCCCUCUCCCGCUGGCAGCGCCACUUCAGGUGUGACAUACCUUCGGAGACAGAUCAUGCAUUUUUCAUUGUAAAUCGAGCUCAGACGGAGGUCUGUUAUGAGCUGGAUUCCUUUUUCCUUAUGAGUAGUCAGGAAAGUGAUUAAAAUUCACUUGUGCAUGAUUAAAAAAAAAGCACCCGCGUUUAUUUGUUCUCUCUAGUCUGCUCUUGUCUAGCAAAAUUAAGGUCUGUGUCCUUAUAAAACGCUUGCUUUUUAUUUCUAUAUUCACAAAUACUCUCUCUCUGCAGUACUAAGACUGGAGAUACGGCUUGACACAAGCACAUGCAAUUACUGCUGGCAGGGUACUACCAUGAUUGUGGGUUUUUUCCUUCCUCUUGCAAAGCCUCGGCAGUAACGGCUGCUGCCGGCUCCCAGCAGAGGCAGGUAGCAGCAGCGGCGAUUCCAGGUACCUGCAGGAACCUGCUGAACACCGUCCUGUGCUCCCGGAGUGAAGGGUUUAAGCGUGAGGACUCGAGAUGCUCUAACCAAGGUCUUGUGCUUAGUUUCUGAAACAAAACAUGCCUGCGAGACCAAAAAAAAAAAAAAAAAAAAAAAAAAAAAAGAGGUCACCCAAGUAUUGUUUCAGCGGUAUGUAUUUCUGGAGUACGAUGUUUCUAAAUCGCGGUAUUUUGGGUCUAUGCAGUCAAAAAUGAACCUUAACAAAGAGCAUGAGCUGCUGUAAGAAAAACAUGUAAACAGCGCUUACCCUUUUGUCCUGAGCUGUUCUCUGUAUCACUGGGUGAUGGGUUUAGAAACCGAGUAUUUAAGAAUAAAGGUUCUCAUACUUUGUAAAAGUAGCUUG